AUGGAGUGCCCUCGAGGUCAUCGCUUUUUUCUCGCUGGGCCUGAUCGGGCUAUGCAAGGAGCCAUGCCUAGCAGCCAAGUGAGACGGGCAGUACGUGGCCUACUUGAGCAGCACCUACCGCUUUAUAUGCUCUGUCGUUGUUCAAAGCCCUCUACCGGCUUGGAUAGGGCGCCACUUGGUAAGCUCAUAUUUCAAGGCUUGGGUUGA